GAUUACAAGCAUAAACUUUGUAAACUAAGGCAUAGACAAGUCUAGAAAAAAGAAAGAGUUGAGUUUAGUUAUUUAAGCAAAAUGUCUGAUCAAGAGAUCUCAAAAAUGGAAGAAGGUGGUGACCUUAAGGCACAAAAAACACAGAAGGAGUUAGGGUUUUUUAAUUCUCCUGAGGUAGUUCAUACCAUACAAAAGCUAAUAGCUGAGGUGAUAGGAACAUACUUCUUAAUAUUUGCAGGAUGUGCUUCAGUGGUUCUGAAUAAUGUGGGAGAGAGUAAAGGAACGAUAACGUUUCCCGGAAUUUGUAUCACAUGGGGUCUAUCGGUUAUGAUCUUGGUUUAUUCUCUCGGUCACAUCUCCGGUGCUCAUUUCAAUCCGGCCGUCACCAUUAGCUUCGCUAUCUACCGUCAGUUCCCACUCAAACAGGUGCCGAUGUAUAUUAUUGCACAAAUGGUAGGAUCUAUCCUUGCUAGCGGAACAUUGUGCCUUCUUUUUGAGCUAGAUGAAAAAUCGUUUUUCGGAACAGUACCGUCUGGAUCUCAUGUUCAGUCUCUUGUUUUCGAGAUACUCGCAUCAUUUCUAUUGAUGUUUGUUAUAUCUGCUGUUUCCACAGACAAUAGAGCUGUCGGAGAAUUGGCCGGGAUUGCCGUUGGUAUGACAAUCAUAGUAGAUGUAUUCAUGGCGGGGCCUAUCUCAGGUGCAUCAAUGAACCCAGCAAGAAGCAUUGGACCUGCAUUGGUGAUGCACAUUUACACUGGAGUAUGGGUUUAUAUAGUUGGACCCAUUCUUGGUACCUUUCUAGGUUCCUCAGCCUACAACUUGAUCAGAUUCACUGACAAACCACUAAAUGAAAUAAGUCGAACCUCAAGCUUCCUCAAAAGUGUUUCAAGAUCAAGAGAAAGCUUUUAGUAGAUAACAUGUCAUUGCUUUAAAUCAUCUUUGGAUGCAACCUAAAUAAGUAUGGUGAUGAUGAUAUAUCAAAACAUUUGUUAUUAAAUUUUCCCAUGCAUGUUAGGAUUAAGGCCAGAAAUUAGAUUUUUUUGUGUAAUAAUAUGCCAUGAAGGCAUAGAUUUCUGGUCAAUAUCAUCUACACAUUCUUCCAUUUGUUCAUCGCUUUAUUUUUGGCUAAAAAGUAUUAUAAGGAAGAAUAAAAAGAA